AUGGCCACCUCCACUGCCGCUGCCGCUAAGAGCGCAUAUCGCCAACUUCUCCGGUCCACCCGGGUUGUCUUCCACAAUGAUCUCCCAGUCCUCAUGGCUGCACGCCAGGAAGCGCGCGAGAAUUUUGAGAAGAACCGUCGCCCAGCCGUCGACACUGGAAUGCAAAUCAACCAUGCGAUCGAGGUUGCAAAUAUCCUGCGCCACAACAUCGUCCAAGGCUCGAGGGAGCAGGGAGAUGAAUCUGCUAAGUGGGAACUCAAUAUCCACGAGCAGAUCGAACGCGGUGAUAACGAAUCUAUCAAAAUCGGCGAUCAGGAUGUGAAGAUUCAUAAGGCUUGCUCGUCAUGA